UACAAUUUUAUUUGUCAAUUAUACUUCAAUAAAGCUAGGAGGGGGAAGCAUUAAGUGCCCACUGUAUUAGACACCAGGGAUACAAGUGAUCAUCAAAACAGGCAUGGUCUCUGCCCUCCUGCAGCUUUAAAAAUUAUUUUUUUUAGCUGAAGAGGUAGACAUUAUGCUAAAACAAAAAAUAAUUACAAAAAUUUUAAUUGUGCUAGAUUCAACAAAGGAAAAUAUAAGGUGCUCUGACAGAGCGUAACAAAGGAUCCUGGUUUUAAAUGGGUCUAAGGGACAACCUCUGUUAGGAAAUAACAUUUAAACUGAGACCUGGAAGAUUUGUAGAAAUUAACAAAGCAAAGGGAGGGAAGGGAAAGAAGCUUUCUUAGGCGAGGAAUAGUCUGUGUGAAGGCUCUGGGGGCACUAAAGAGCUUGGCUGAUGCCCACACUGAAAGCAGAGCUGGAAAUAUCAAGAGAAGAAGACAUGAAACUUGGAUACUAUACGAAGGAUUUGGUAUUUUAUUUCAAGACCAGUGAGAUGCUACUGAGGAUUUUUGAGUUGAAGACUCAUGAUCCAAUUAAAAUGUUAAGAUCAUUCUGGCUACUGUGAAGAAUAGAUCCAAGAGAGUUCUGCUGGCUUAUGAAGAGGUCUCAGGAAAACUAUGGGCCUUAUGAAUGGGAAAACAACUUCAACCUUUUAAACUAGUUUUGAAAAGACAUGUUAUCAAUAGAUAGUGAAUGGAAAAAAAUGACUGAUAAAUCAGUUUAUCUCUGAAUAACCCACUAGAUCAGUGCUUCUCAAACUUUAAUGUGCACUCAUAUCACCCAGGUAGUUUGUUAAAUUCAAAUUCCGGUUCUGUAGGUCUGAAGUGGGGCGUUUCUGCAUUUCUAAGAAACUCCCAGGUGAUGCCUAUGCCAUUGGUCCUUGACUCACACUUUGAGUAGCAAGUGACUGGACUAUAUUCUAAAUUCUUAAUAUAUUCUAUAGAAUAUACUCUAUCUUUUAAUGCCUCUCAGACUUCUGUGGUCUAGCCAAUUGUCAAGCUUGAGUAUUCAAAAAUGGGGGUUUUAAGAGGUGAAUUAAAGUAUUCAGGACAUAGAGAAACAGGUCAAAUAUGGCCUUUCAUCUCUUCAAUAGAUAUUCUAUAUAUACUUAUUUCCUAUCUACCUAUCUAACCUGCCUGCCUACCUCUCUGCCUCAAGGUUCAGUUACACUUCAGCAAGAACUUUGUGCAAUCAAAGUAAUGUCCUAGACAGUUAUACAGAAAUGGUAUGUGAGGCUCUAAAAUGUUACCUCUAAUGGGGUGAUUUGCAUCAUAAAUUGAAGCUGACUCUGUGCCAGUCGUUUUGCCUGCCUCAUUCAUUUAGUAGAUAGGAACUCAGGAACCCUUAGAGGGUAAUUUAUUGUCCAAAGAUAUACGGUACAACUCAGCUCUGACUUAUUCAUACCUGACUCUCUUAUUCAUUAUCCUAAUCGUUGCUAUUUUGUUUGUUUAGUAACUACAAUCUUAAAUAUGGAAAAGUCGAGGCUCUUUAUUCUGUGGGUAGAGGCUUUGUAUUUCUCUAAAGACCUUGUGAAGCUUUGUAACCAUAUCACAAUCAUUUUAUAAAUGUCUCAAGUGGUAAAUAAGUCUGCCCCUUCUUUGGGGGGAGAGGUGUUAUCCUUUAUUAGCAAUGAACUUCUCUUUGUGGCAUACAAACCCAAGUUCUUGGGAAACACAUUUAUCAAGUAAAGGGAAAUGUUUGAGAUUAUGCUCCAUGAUUGGGGUUAUGCUCAUUGGGAAAAACGGUAGGAAAUUUCACAUUGUUCUUAGGAAAUGAGAGCUAAACAAUAUCCAGUUUUAAAAGAAAUCUGCUUUGAGUUUUUAAAUUCCAUAAAACCGAGUUAAACCAACUGAAAGUAGUAGGUCCUGUGUUGCUUUACUGAGGAAGUGACAGGGAAUUCUAAAGUCUCAUUUGGUAACAGAUAAAACUGCAAUUAUUAGCAUCUCCAUAGAAAUGCUAAAUUACUCCUUACUAAUAGAGUCCGGCUAAAUAGGUUUCACUCGACCUCCAACAAACCAAUUUUUUGUUGUUGUUGUUUGGUUUGAUCUCCCCCGCCCACUCCCCCUUGUUGCGAUUAAAGACAGCCAUUAAAACGUUUAAUAGACCUGGGUUUGGCUUGAAGACUUGCAGAAGGGCCAGCUUCAUCGCCCUGCAAUCGGCUUUCCAGGCUAAGUUAGGUUUCCGAUGUACGGAUGCUGCCAAGGCGCUUUGGCCGUAAACGUUGGAAGUGAGCCAAAGGAAAGUGAAGUUCCUGGCGCUAAGCGCUCGUCCCGCUCCGAGCGCCCCGCGCUAGCGCAUUCUUCGUGCAGUUAUUGGCUGGGACUCUGCGUGCCGCUGUCGGCCAAUGAAGACGCUGGAGAUCUGGCCCGGGCCCGUCCCCUCUCGGCGCCCCGGGAUGAGGCAGAGACUGAACAGCCGACGAGCAAAUCAAAGGCAUCUAGAAAGCCAUGUCAGACUCGGCGCCCAGCGCUCAAGCGCUAACCCGCUGAAAGUUUCUCAGCGAAAACGCCAGGGCGAUCUGGACCCCGCGAAGAGAACUGCCCUUGAGUGAGAUGGUCCCAGCGGCCUGGAGGAGCGGACUGGUAAGCACCGGGAGAGUGGUGGGAGUUUUGCUUCUGCUUGGUGCCUUGCGCGGGGCUUCCGCCGUCAUUCGCUAUGAGAUCCUGGAGGAAAGAGAGAAGGGUUUUGCGGUGGGCAACGUGGUCACGGACCUUGGCCUGGAUCUCGGCAGCCUGUCCGCUCGCAGGCUCCGGGUGGUGUCCGGAGCGAGCCGAAGAUUCUUUGAGGUGAACCGGGAGACCGGAGAGCUGUUCGUGAACGACCGCCUGGAUCGAGAGGAGCUGUGUGGGACGCUGCCCUCCUGCACCGUCACUCUGGAGUUGGUGGUGGACACUCCGCUUGAGCUGUUCAGUGCGGAAGUGGUGAUCCAGGAUAUCAACGACAACAAUCCCGCGUUCCCUACCCGGGAAAUGAAAUUGGAGAUUAGCGAGGCGGUGGCGCCGGGCACGCGCUUUCCGCUGGAGAGCGCGCACGACCCCGAUGUCGGAAGCAACUCUCUACAAACCUACGAGCUGAGCCGGAACGAGUACUUUGCGCUUCGAGUGCAGACGCGGGAGGACAGCACCAAGUACGCGGAGCUGGUGCUGGAGCGCGCCCUGGACCGGGAGCGAGAGCCCAGUCUCCAGCUGGUGCUCACGGCGUUGGACGGGGGAAGCCCGGCCCGCUCCGCCAGCCUCCCCAUUCGCAUCGCCGUGCUGGACGCGAAUGACAACGCGCCCUCCUUCAACCAGUCCCUGUACCGGGCGCGCGUCCUGGAGGACGCACCCCCGGGGACUCGCGUGGUGCAAGUGCGUGCCACCGAUCUGGAUGAAGGCCCCAACGGCGAGAUCGUGUAUUCCUUCGGCAGCCACAACCGCGCCGGCGUGCGGGAACUGUUCUCCUUAGACCUGGUAACCGGGGUGCUGACCGUCAAGGGUCGGCUGGACUUCGAAGACACGAAACUCCACGAGAUUUACAUCCAGGCCAAAGACAAGGGCGCCAAUCCCGAGGGGACACAUUGCAAAGUCUUGGUCGAGGUGGUGGACGUGAAUGACAAUGCCCCCGAGAUCACCGUCACUUCCGUGUACAGCCCCGUCCCCGAGGACGCGCCUCUGGGGACUGUCAUCGCCUUGCUCAGCGUGACGGACCUGGAUGCCGGGGACAAUGGGCUGGUGACUUGCGAGAUCCCGCCAGGGCUCCCCUUCAGCCUUACUUCUUCCCUCAAGAAUUACUUUACUUUGAAAACCAGCGCAGCCCUGGACCGGGAGACGGUGCCCGAGUACAACCUCAGCAUCACGGCUCGAGAUGCCGGAGCCCCUUCCCUCUCAGCCCUGACCACGGUCCGGGUGCAAGUGUCCGACAUCAACGACAACCCUCCCCAGUCGUCUCAGUCUUCCUAUGACGUCUACGUGGAGGAAAACAACCUCCCCGGGGUUCCCAUCCUGAACCUCAGCGUCUGGGACCCCGACGCCCCCCAGAACGCGCGCCUUUCCUUCCUUCUCUUGGAGCCAGGAGCGGACGCCGGGCUCGUGGGUCGCUUUUUCACGAUACAUCGCGACAGUGGCGUGGUGUCCACCUUAGUGGCCCUGGACCAUGAGGAUCGGCGGGAGUUCGAAUUCACAGCUCAGGUCAGCGACGGGGGCACCCCUGCCCUGACCACCAACAUCAGCGUGAACGUCUUUGUCACUGACCGCAAUGACAACGCCCCCCAGGUCCUGUACCCCCGGCCUGGCCGCAGCUCCGUGGAGGUGCUGUCCCGAGGUACCGCGGCUGGCCACGUGGUCACUCGGGUGGUAGGCUGGGACCCGGAUGCCGGCUACAACGCCUGGCUCUCCUACAGCCUCUUGGGAGCCCCCAACCAGAGCCUGUUUGCCGUGGGCCUUCACACAGGGCAAGUCAGCACGGCCCGCCCCGUCCAGGACACAGACCUGCCCAGGCAAACUCUCACGGUCUUGAUCAAAGACAGCGGGGAGCCCUCGCUGUCGGCCACCGCCACCCUGACUGUGUCUGUCACCGAGGAAUCUCCGGAAGCCCGGGCGGAGUUCCCCUCUGGCUCGGCCCCGGGGGAGCAGAAUAAAAAUCUCACCUUUUAUCUGCUCCUCUCUCUAAUCCUGGUCUCCGUGGGGUUCGCAGUCACGGUGUUGGGAGUGAUAAUAUUCAAAGUUUACAAGUGGAAACAGUCCAGGGACUUAUACCGAGCCCCCGUGAGCUCCCUGUACCGCACGCCAGGGCCCUCUCUGCACGCGGACGCCGUGCGGGGAGGCCUGGUGCCGCCGCACCUUUACCAUCAGGUGUACCUCACCUCUGACUCCCGCCGCAGCGACCCGCUGCUGAAGAAACCCGGGGCUGCCAGCCCUCUAGCCAGCUGCCAGAACACGCUGCGGAGCUGCGAUCCAGUGUUCUAUAGGCAGGUGUUGGGUGCAGAGAGCUCCCCUCCCGGACAGCAAGCCCCACCCAACACGGACUGGCGUUUCUCUCAGGCCCAGAGACCCGGCACCAGCGGCUCCCAAAAUGGCGAUGAAACCGGCACCUGGCCCAACAACCAGUUUGACACAGAGAUGCUGCAAGCCAUGAUCUUGGCCUCUGCCAGCGAAGCCGCUGAUGGGAGCUCCACCCUGGGAGCAGGCGCUGGCACCAUGGGCUUGAGCGCCCGCUACGGGCCCCAGUUCACCCUGCAGCACGUGCCUGACUACCGCCAGAAUGUCUACAUCCCUGGCAGCAACGCCACACUGACCAACGCAGCGGGCAAACGGGAUGGCAAGACUCCGGCAGGUGGCAAUGGCAACAAGAAGAAGUCUGGCAAGAAGGAGAAGAAGUAAUGUGGAGGCCAGGCCUGGAGCCACUGGGCCGCCUCCCCCCAACCAGCCCAGCCUCUCCCUAUCUGGAUCCAGGACUGGGAUUUUCAGGGCUCACCCCCAGGAUCCUGGUGGGGCCCAGGCCAUGCUCCCCUUGGGAAACAGAAACAAGUGCCCAGUCAACACCACCCUUUCUGUCCCCAGGGGAUUGAAUAUGCAAAGGGAGUUCUGCUGGGAACCCCCAUCCAAUCAAUUGCUGUGCCCAUGGGGGUAGGGGGGUUAGUGUAGACAUCAUUUAUCACACCUGCUUUAGUUAUAGCUGAACUCCUCCAUCUUCCAAAUUCAAUCAGGCCCAAACGUCCCCUGCCUCCCUCCUACCUAUGCCCACUCUUUUCACAGCUCCUCUUUUUUGAGUAAGGUGGUUGGGGUGUUGAGGUACCUGGUGACCUAAAAAGGCUCAAAUUCUGAAGAGUUGAAAGGGCAUCGUGACCUCUUGGCCUCUCCUUCAAUUCUGAAACUCCCCCCAAAGCAUGGUUUGGUGCCAGUCCCUUCACCUCCUUCCAGAGCCCGAGUCCAAGCUCAAGUUUUGGGAGACAUGGUCACCAUUCCAUGGUAGUGAUGCUUGCUGGAUUUAGGGAGGGCAUUUUGCUACCAUGCCUCUUCCCAAUGCUCUAGGGACCAGUUUUUUUUUGUUUUGUUUUGUUUUUCAUUGUUUGAUGUUUCCACUGCAUGCUGUGACUGCCCCCUCCCCAAACAAGAGACUCCAUUGCAUGUUCCAGGAUCGUAUAUGGUGGUAAGGUAAAGAGGGAAGGGUGUGUAUGUGGAUGGGGGGAGGGAGGGUGGAUAAAUCUUGACCCAUUAGUUAACAGGGUCUUGCAGGAGGCUCAGUAUGUUCCCAGGGUACUGACCAGAUCCCCAAAUUCCAGCCAUAAACCAAGCACCAGGCUGAGCCCUCAUCUACCACAUACAUACAAGGCUCCACCCAAGCAGCCAGCUUUGGGCUGAGCUACCAGCACCAAUGGAUUUAAACUGGCAUUGCAGUCCAAGGAAGGUCUGAGCAGGUUUGGGACCGGGUUCCCUGGAGAGGUCAGAGGGGCUCUGUGGGUGCUGGGUACUCCAGAGGUGCCCCUAGUGGAACGAUCAGUGUGUCCCCUCCCUCCUACCCCAGCAGGAAGGGAGGGCCAGCUAGGCCAUCCUUGGUCCCUGGGUUGAGGAGGCAAGGGAUUAGAGUAGGGACCAAGUGGACAGAAAUUCUCAGCCCAGGAUCAGGCUUCUCCACGGGGCCCCUGCAUUCCCCAAGCCUUGGUCCUUCACCUUGCCAGGUGCCAUUUCUUCUCUGUGAAGGCCACUGCCCAGGCCCUCAGUCCACCCCCUAGUGGCCAGAGCCUGGUUCAAGUCCCCAGUGCCUCCUUGUGCAUAAACCUUCCUCCGCCCACCCACUUCUGCCUCCCCCUCCCCAGGCCCGUUCAUCCAGCGGGGCUGUGCUAGAACCCCACCCUCGUCCUUACAGUAGUGUAGAGACCCCCUGCCUCCCUCUUUGGCUGGUGUAGAAUAGCCAAUAGUGUAGUGCGGUGUGCUUUUCCGUGAUGGCGAGUGGGCAGCGGGCGGCGGGCUCCGCGCAGCCGUCUGUCCUUGAAUCUGCCUGCGGUGGCCCGUGCUGUGUUUUGUGCUGUGUCCACGCACUGCGGCGACCCCCUCCCUGGUACUGACUCCUAUAAGCGCUUCUCUUUGCAUAGUCACGUAGCUCCCCAUCCCUUUCCUGUGUCUCACGCAAGUUUUAUACUCUAAUAUUUAUAUGGCUUUUUUUCUUUGAAAAAAAAUAAUAAAAAGGUUUCUUCUGAAAGG